AAGGAAAAAAACAAUACCAGAGUUCAGAGGAAAUCGAUCGUCAUUCUGGUGCAAUUGAAUCCCCAAUUCACCUAUCAUCAAAAUCCGAUAAAAUCGAAGCUACCAAAGAAGCUUUAAUAAAAUGGCUACAGCAGAGGUAGAGAAGAACCGAAGUGGAGCAGAGAGAGAAGAGAGCUGUUCGAGCAAGGUUACGAUGAUGGUGAAGCAAGGCGAGGGCUUGCGGCAGUAUUAUCUCCAACAUAUCCACGAUCUUCAGCUCCAGGUCCGCCAGAAAUCCCACAAUCUCAACCGUCUCGAAGCCCAACGCAACGAGCUCAAUUCUAAAGUGAGAAUGCUCAAGGAGGAGUUGCAACUACUGCAGGAGCCUGGAUCUUAUGUGGGUGAAGUUGUCAAAGUAAUGGGGAAAUCUAAAGUUCUAGUUAAAGUCCAUCCAGAAGGAAAAUAUGUGGUUGAUAUUGAUAAAAACAUUGACAUUACAAAGAUCACUCCAUCAACCAGAGUUGCUCUCCGAAAUGACAGCUAUGUCCUGCAUUUAAUUUUGCCCAGCAAAGUGGAUCCGUUAGUCAAUCUCAUGAAAGUUGAAAAAGUUCCUGAUUCUACAUAUGACAUGAUUGGCGGUCUUGACCAGCAAAUCAAAGAGAUUAAGGAGGUUAUUGAGCUUCCAAUCAAACAUCCUGAGUUAUUUGAGAGUCUUGGGAUAGCUCAACCCAAGGGAGUCCUACUUUAUGGACCUCCAGGAACUGGGAAAACACUGUUGGCCAGGGCAGUCGCACAUCAUACUGAUUGUACUUUCAUCAGGGUCUCUGGUUCUGAACUAGUGCAAAAAUAUAUUGGGGAAGGUUCCCGAAUGGUGAGGGAACUUUUUGUCAUGGCCAGGGAGCAUGCCCCAUCCAUCAUUUUUAUGGAUGAAAUAGACAGUAUUGGUUCUGCGAGAAUGGAAUCUGGAAGUGGCAAUGGUGACAGUGAAGUACAGCGGACGAUGCUGGAACUUCUCAACCAACUUGAUGGUUUUGAGGCAUCAAAUAAGAUCAAGGUUUUGAUGGCCACAAAUCGUAUUGAUAUUUUGGAUCAAGCUCUCCUUAGACCUGGGAGAAUUGACCGGAAGAUAGAAUUUCCAAAUCCGAAUGAAGAGUCUCGGUUCGAUAUUCUAAAAAUCCAUUCAAGAAAGAUGAAUUUAAUGCGUGGGAUUGACUUAAAGAAGAUUGCAGAAAAGAUGAAUGGUGCAUCUGGUGCAGAAUUGAAGGCUGUGUGUACAGAAGCAGGGAUGUUUGCUCUGAGGGAGAGGAGGGUUCAUGUGACGCAAGAGGAUUUUGAGAUGGCUGUUGCCAAGGUGAUGAAAAAGGAGACGGAGAAAAAUAUGUCCUUGCGAAAGCUAUGGAAGUAAUGAGAGUUUUGGUUUUCUCUGGAUUGAUGUACUUGAAAAGUGUCCAAGUUUCCGUUUAACUUUGGUUUUAUGUAGCAGAAUAUCGUUGAUCUGGAAGAUACCAUGUUUGCAUCUGUCGUUGCUCGCCUUUGCGUUAGUAACCCCAGAUGCAAAUCGGUUGUGUUAUUUUCUGAGUUUGACGUUUUUCCUCCCUUGUCUUGCGAACAUUUGUAUGUAAUUUUAUGAAGUGAGUUCGAUAAAGUUCUUAAUCCAACCCGAGGUUUUAUGACUCG